GGGCUUCUUUUCGACGAAGGACUUGAUUGGCGGAGCCAGGGAAAUGGCGGCAGUGGCUGAGAGGGUGGCUGGAAGGCAGCUCUGUACUGUGAGGGAUCUUCCCAGCGUCUCUGAACUGAAGUUUUACCGUCUUCCUGCUCUCCUUGCCCAAGGCACUCCCCGUCUCGGCCCCCUGCUGCAGCCAGACCCCGCGGGAGGGGACUGCCAGCAUGACGAAUCCGAGCCCGGGGGACGGCGGAGAAGUCUCCGAGCGCCGAGACCCAGAGCCUCUGCGUGACCUCCGUGAGGAAGAUGGUGCUACAGGUUUGGAAAAAGUGGGAAAAGAUGAAAAACAAAUGGUGAUAAACAGAAGCAGGGAGUGUAAUGCCCUGCUACAGAAACCUAUUGCUUCUACUCAGUUUGUUGGUGCUGCAGUGACAGAAUGUCAUAAACCUGUCCUCUGUGGAUGGGAAAGAAUUGUGAAGCAAAGGUUAUCUGGGAAAACAGCAGGAAGAUUUUAUGUGUACUUUAUCAGCCCACAGGGACUGAAGUUCAGAUCCAAGAGUUCACUUGCUAAUUAUCUUCACAAAAAUGGAGACACAGCUCUAGAGCCAGAAGAUUUUGACUUUUCUGUACUUUCUAAAAGGAACAUCAAGUCAAGAUGUAAGGGCUCUAGUGUGGCAGCUCUGACAGCCCAACAGCAAAAUGAAAGUAACGUUUCAAACCGGAACCUUCGGACUCGAAGGUGGCAGAAAAUGGAUGUUUCUCCUCUGCCAAGUAAUACUUCAGAGUUGCAAGAUGACAGAGGACUAUCCAACCUUGAUUCCAUCAGAAUGCUUUUGAAAGAAGAAGAGAAUGUUAAUGAUGUUAGCUCUGGGAAGAUUAGGAAGUUCAAAGGAAACGUGACUAUUUUGGAAGGAAUUCAAAUUAAGAAAACCAGAAAACAGUGCAGGAACAGUCUUUCAGAUUCUCUCCAAAGUAAUACAAAAAAAGAAUCUGUGUUUGAUAAAGCAGAGGCUGAAAGUAUGUCUGUUACACAAGGAAAUCAGCUUAAUAGAGCUUUCUGCAUUUCUGAUGCCAUAGCAGCCAAUGGUACCUUCAGUGUGACUGAGAAGGAAAAGAGCCUCAUAAAAGAAAAAUCACCAAGCUCAGGAUCAGAUUUUCAUUUUGAACAAAUAACAUCUGGUACCACAAACAAAUCAUGUCCAACCACAGAAGCAGAACAUGAGAAGUAUGAGGAAAGCUUUUUAGAAUCAGAGGAAAUGAGAACAAAAGUAGAAGAUAGAGAAAGAAAGGAACAUUUGCAUACUGACAUUUUACAGUAUGGCUCUGAAGUGGACAACAGCUGCUCACAAAACAGGAAAGACUUUACUUCUGAGAAAAUAUGUCCAGAAGACAGCAUCCCACGAAUACACACAGAAAAGCGGAAGACAAGCCAGUACUUCUCCAGCAAGUAUAACAGAGAAGCUCUUAGCCCUCCUCGACGCAAAGCCUUUAAAAAGUGGACCCCACCUCGGUCGCCUUUUAAUCUCGUCCAGGAGACACUGUUCCAUGACCCGUGGAAGCUCCUCAUCGCAACGAUAUUUCUCAAUCGGACCUCAGGUAAGAUGGCAAUCCCCGUGCUCUGGGAGUUCCUGGAGAAGUACCCCUCGGCCGAGGCAGCGAGAGCUGCAAACUGGAGGGAUGUGUCGGAGCUGCUUAAACCUCUCGGCCUCUAUGAGCUCCGAGCCAAAACCAUUGUCAAGUUUUCAGAUGAGUACCUGACGAAGCAGUGGAAAUAUCCAAUUGAGCUUCAUGGGAUCGGCAAAUACGGCAAUGACUCUUACCGGAUUUUUUGCGUCAAUGAGUGGAAGCAGCUCGAGGGCAGCAGGUGGCUGGUACACUGCCCCUCAGCUGUGACCCUGCCUAAUGCAUCCUGCCCUGGAGCUGGUCCUACUCCUGCAGAGCACCCACUGACCUGAGUACCCCUCAGCCUCUCAGUACCUGAACCUCCUUCUGCAGUACAGCGUGUUAACCCCGACUUCCUGUGCCCCAGGGCUGGGUCAACGCUGAAUUUCAGUGUUCUGUAAACUGAGUGAUUAUUUCGCUGUAAGAUACACUUUAAACAUUCUCAAAUCCUGCAAGGUCGUUGUAUAUUUCAGGUAUGUGAUCCUAAUACACCUUCCCCACCAAACCUUGGCAAACCAAUUUUUAAAAGUACAUUUUUAGCUGGCUGACCUAAGUCUUCUGCUCCUGACUGCUGUAUUUCUUCCAGGUGCACCCAGAAGACCACAAGCUGAACAAGUACCACGACUGGCUUUGGGAAAACCAUGAAAAGCUGAGUCUGUCCUGAAACUUUGCUAUCCCAGACUCUUGUACUAUGCAUUGCAUCUUCCUUUUUAGGCAUUCUGCAGAGGAGACCAGCCACCUUCCCAGUGAGUCCAGCCCAGUGCAUGCUUCCUCAGCUCAUGUGCUGCUGGGGGGGCUCUGUUACUGAAAGCACUAAAAGAUUCUUUGAGAUUUAAAUAACAGUUCUAAACAUGUAUGUGACUUUUUAGAUAUUGAUACUGAUGUAACGGUUAAAGGCUUCUCUAAGCUACCAAUAAUGCAGAGCACAUUUGUGUCAACCCUGCUAAAGAUUAGACUUCUGUUCUUUCUAUACAGAAUAAUAAUAUGUACAUAUUGUUACAUGAAGAAUCAUUGCCAUUUUUUUUUUUUUUUUUUGGUACCGGGGAUUGAAGUCAGGUCCUGGUGCUUGUGAGGCAGGCGACAGAACCACUGGGCUAAAUCCCCGGCCCAAAUUUGCCAUUUUUAUAGGUAUUAUAAUAUCAUAAUUCAAAUACCGAAAGACUUCCCUUUGAAUCACAAAAUCCUAAAUUACUAAAUCUUAUUUACUGAUCUCCAUUUUAAUGUAUAACUUGAAAAUAAAAUUGUACCUCCCUCUC